AUGAGCAACCGAGUCACCCAAAUUGACCCUCUCCAGAUUCAGGCUCGGCAUACAGGGGAUGCAGACCACACGCCAAUACACAUGGAUAAGAUAUCCCAAGGCGCCCAUAGCCAUUGCCUCUCUGAGAAGCCGAAGGCUGAUAAUGCCAUUCAAGAAACGCGGAGUCAGGCCGAUCAGUUGCCCCCUGUCAUGCGGGGACCGCCUUCGGACAAAUUUAUAAAGCGUUUCAGCUGCCGCCUCGCAGGAUCCGUUACUGUUGUUGAGCGUAUCGAAGACCGAACCAAGAUUGUUCAUAUCCGUGAAUUCUCGAAAUUCUCGAAGGAUAAAGCUGAUUGUUGGUUGCAAGUGCUUCGGUCGACUCAUCACCCCAAUAUUACUUCCGCAAUAGAAAUAUACAAGGACCAUGGAAUGACAUACUUUGUUGUCGAUGACCUACCUUUGACCCUGGAAAAUCUGGCAGCCUGUGAAGUGCUUCCGUCUGAGCUCGAGUUAGCCUCCAUACUUAAACAGGUACUUGAAGGGAUAUGUCACUUAUUGGAGUCUGGCUUUGAACAUGGAGAGUUGAAGUGCUCAAACAUUCUUGUAGGGCAGGACGGUGUUAUCAAAAUAGCGGCUUUGGAACACUGCAGUAGACGCCAAUCACGUAUAUCCGAUGUCAAGAGUAUCAGAUCCAUGGCGAACAUAGCAAUGUUUCUUAUGCAGGGGUACGUCAAAGCCGACGGUGCCAUUGGCGUUGACAAUACACAUUGGCAGUCGAAUGCCCUAGAGUUCGUGUCCGCAACAACGUCGGUAAAAAGCGUUCAAGAAUUGAGAGAGUGUGAUCUCCUGACUAAGCACCAAUGCUCUGCAGGCUCAUUGGUUGCGCUUGCGCGGCUCGCUUUUUAUACCACGCGAACUUAUAUUUCGGAAUUGUGGCAACUAUAA